ACCAACCUAGUAUUAUUAUAGAUCCUGAUGAGGAAGUAGAUCUUGUUUGCCGGUUAUUAUUCUAUCAACCAACAGGGUAUCAUUCCAACCCCAAAAAAUUAUGGAAAGAUCUUAAAGCAGAGAGAUAUCAAUUUCCAUAUAAAAAAGUAUGUGAGUGGCUUACGAACCAGAAUGAAUGGCAAAAACAUGCCCCACCACCAAAAGAUACUCCACGGUUUAGUUAUGAACGAUUCAAUAAAACGUUAGCAGAGAUGCUUUAUAAAAUUCAGUAUGCUGUUGAAUCAAUAUCCAAAAAUCCUAAAUUAAUAAGAGAGUGGGUCAAGUAUUUACCAGAA